AUGUCGCCACCUGCCGAUAUCGCCCCCUUGUGGUUCCAAUGCGAGUAUCCAGACUGCAACGCAAAAUAUCGGCGUAAAGAGCACCUUAAUCGACACCGUAAUCAUCAUAAUGGGGAAAUCAAUCUUGCCUGUCCUUAUUGUGAGAGUGUCCUGACUAGGAAUGAUCUAUUGCGACGCCAUAUCCGGACUUAUCACCCGCAGAGACAUGCGCCGCCGUCUCGAAAAUUUAGGGCAUGCAGUGCAUGUCAUGCACGGAAAGUCCGCUGCGAAGGCGUACUACCAUGCAAUGCCUGUCAACAUCGAGGCAUCAUCUGUGUACCUUCUGGAGGUGAAACCGCAGGUGAACAACAAUUUUGCAUUGAUGAUCUCCGCCCCUUGCCACCUGUUUCCACGAUUAAUGAUUCCGUUUCCGAGGCUCCCCGGUGGAUUGCUCAUGACUAUAUCGAUAUUUAUUUUAAUUCUUUCCAUCCAGAAUGGCCUUUUCUCCAUCGAGGUACAUUUGACUUCGCCAAGGAGCCUUGUGUACUUGUUCAAUCUGUUGUCGCAAUUGGCCUGUGGGUGAAAGGGACCCCGGAAGCGCGAGACGCGUCAAUACAGCUGCAUGGUAGACUUUGUUCUGCAUUUUACGCUCAAAUGGACCAAUGGUGCAUCUCCAACUCGAGUCCACGACAACGCACAAGUACCCCGUGGCCUAUAACAACAUUCCAGAGUGUGCUCUUGAAUAUCAUCCUUGCCCUUUUUAUUGCAAGAGAAAAUGUUAGUAUGGAUUUGAGCAUGCGAUGCCGAUUGCGAGACGACAAAUACGAGCUCUUGACUGCCCUUGUUCGAAGCUGUCGACAGUGCGGUAUUUUCUCCUAUCCUAACAUGCUUCUGCAACACGAAGCCGAUGCACCACUUGCGCUUGUAUAUGUGAGCGUUGAAGAGAUCAAGAGAUUUGGACUAGCACUCUAUAAGGUGUGCCGAUUGUCCACUUCCUUUCACUUAACCGGAGAAAGUGCCAAUGGUGACAGAAACGCUCUGUUGACCCUGGCCGAUUUGUCCUUUUGCAUGCCAGACAGUGAUGAGCUGUGGAAUGCUCCAUUGGGCGCGGAGUCCGAAGUGUUGAGCAAGGCUGAUUCGUCAGCAGCUGGACGGGAUAAUGGAGAUGCGAAAAACUGGAUAUCUCAAGCGUCUACUCUUGUACAUGACGGAAGAGUUGGCUUCGACUGGAUAUAG